UUGAAGGUAUUGGUAUUAUAUGCUCGUCCUCCUCUUCAACUGGACUCUUUCUUCUCAUUGCUCAGGGAAGCAUGUCAGCAACCAAGCUCACAGCCGAUCACAGUUAAGUGGAUAGAUGAAGAUGGGGAUCCAGUCUCGAUCGACAGUCAACGAGAACUCGAUGAAGCUGUUCGCAUUUUGCAACAAAGUGGAGACGCUGAAUUGAAUAUACAUGUUUUUCUUGGACAACCUGCUCUUCCUGGCUUGCCUUGUGAAGGAGAAGACCGGAAUGUGUAUCGCCGAGGAGCUCGGCGGUGGAAAAAAAUUUAUUUGUUUAAUGGCCAUCGCUUCCAAGCUAAGCGAUUGAACAGGUAA